GGGCGGGGCGGGGCAGCGCGGGGGCGUCAUUCGCGCGUGGCAGCGGCGCGAGGAGCAACGUGCGCCGGUCCCUCAGCCCGCCAUGGCCGCCGCGUACCGGCUCGUCCUCGUCCGCCACGGCGAGAGCGCCUGGAACCUCGAGAACCGCUUCAGCGGCUGGUACGACGCCGACCUCAGCCCCGCCGGGCAGCAAGAGGCGCGGCGCGGCGGUGAAGCCCUGCGAGAUGCCGGCUACGAGUUCGACAUCUGCUUCACCUCGGUGCAGAAACGGGCCAUCCGUACCCUCUGGACCGUCCUGGAUGCCAUUGAUCAGAUGUGGUUGCCCGUUAUCCGGACCUGGCGUCUGAACGAGAGGCACUACGGGGCUCUCACGGGUUUGAACAAGGCUGAGACAGCGGCGAAGCAUGGCGAGGCGCAGGUGAAGAUCUGGAGGCGCUCCUACGACAUCCCUCCACCUCCCAUGCAGUCUGACCACCCUUUCUACAGCACCAUUGCAAAGGACCGUCGCUACGCCGACCUGACAGAGGACCAGCUGCCGACAUGCGAGAGCUUGAAGGACACCAUUGCCCGGGCUCUGCCGUUCUGGAAUGAGGAAAUUGUCCCACAGAUCAAAGAGGGCAAGCGAGUCCUUAUUGCUGCCCAUGGCAAUAGCCUGCGUGGGAUUGUCAAGCACCUGGAAGGCAUGUCGGAGGAGGCCAUCAUGGAGCUGAACCUGCCCACUGGCAUCCCCAUCGUCUACGAGCUGGACAAGAACCUGAAACCUGUCAAGCCCAUGCAGUUCCUGGGGGAUGAGGAGACUGUGCGCAAGGCCAUGGAGGCUGUUGCUGCUCAGGGCAAGGUUAAGAAGUGAGGGCAGGCAGCAGGCCAGCAUGUAGUAGAGCCCCCUGGCAUCCCCAACCCCUCUGUUCACACCCCCACAGUUGUAGGAACUUGGAGCUGCAGAGGAUUAGACCCAUUCCCUCAGACCCGGCUCCCUUCUGCAGACAGCCUGGGGGCCAGGGGUGAGGGCUGUGUGAGUGGAGGUCUAGUGUUAAAGGGAGCCCUGGCUCUGCCAGGCAGCACCCAUACACCUCUCCAUGCUGAAGUCCCAGCCCUCAGACCCCGUCUGCAGGGGGACAGGCUGAGUGAUCCCUCGCUGUGCCAGGCUCUUCCUUUGCUUUGCUUCCCUGGCAGCUCAUGUCACCCAGUUAUGGUAGUUUUGUCACUUGAUUUAGUCCUCCUGGGAGCAGUGAGGUGAGUGCAGUGCAGGCAGUGACCAAGGUGGGUACCUUGUCCCCUUGUGGGUGCAUGGCACAGGGACUGGGGUGCCUCUGGAAGGGUUGUGUUCUGGUGCCUGUGGUACAGCACCCCAGGGCAGUACUUGUGACUCUGGGCCCAGCUCUGCCAGCCCCUGCUUUAACUUAUUGCCUUCAGACAAGGGUGAGGGAGGGAGCCUGUUGCCUGGAGGUCUGUGUCUGCCACUUACUUCCCCCAGCUGAUAUCCAUCGUAGUCCUGCUGGUGAAGCAGGUGCUGUUGUGUCCCAUCCUACACAUGUGUACAUGGCCUGUCACUGUGGCCUCCCCUUCUGCCAGCGCUGUGAGCCUGGGCUUGCACGGGGUCAGUGUUACUGUCCAACCAUAGCAGCUGUCUUGUUCCAGUUCAAUAAAGGAGUAAUGCGCAAUAA